CUAAUAUAGACCCAACUGGUUUGUGGGAUAGGCAGGGGGAGAGGAGCCUGCGUGUAGCAGGACCUAGCGUUUUGUUGUUGGGUGCGUAGUGCCCAACUCUUUCAUAGAGAGAAUACUUAUAAGGCAGAUCUCGUUUCAAGAGAUGCGUGAACAAUCGAAGAAUGCAGGUAAUUCAGAGGCCAAUGCUGAGAUGUACAUGAAGUUCAUGAAAAGUCAUUGCUGCUAUGAGACCAUUCCAACCAGCUGUAAACUGGUCAUAUUUGACACAACACUACAACAAUAUUUUAUGUGCGGCCCCCUCAUUCCUGCUGUCCUAAAACAUGUCCAUGUCCAGGCCAAUAGUGAUAAGAGCUCUCUCUCUGUCUCUACUGUCCUCACAGGUUCAAAUGAAUGAGCUGGAGAGGCAUCAAAUUGGAACUUGGCGAGAUGUGCACCUGCAAUACUCCACCCACUGUCUUCACAGUAUCACUCCAGACGCCAGGGGAAUCUACUCAGCUCUCAGUCAAACCAACUCCUGUCACCUGGCUUUGUCUGAGUUGUUACUUUUGCUGAUAACUUUUUUAAUGAGUGAUAGACCAAGGAAAUUGAGGCUGGGAUUCAGUCAAUUACAGGCAUUGUUCAGGGUUGUGUUCAGUAGGGCACAAUGUAGCACAAUAUUUUUGCAACAUGACCCAGGAGUGGAUGUUGGUUGUGCUCUCCAGGGUUAGACACAGUGACUAUUGACACAGUGACUAGUCUCCCCUCCUCUCCUUUGCAGCCUCUUCGACGCCAUCUAUUCCCUACUGAGGUAUAAGAUCCACAGAUUGCCGGUUAUCGAUCCCGUGUCCGGAAAUGUCUUACACAUUCUCACACACACUCAAGUUUCUCCAUAUAUUUUACUCUACGCAGAACGAGACAGUCCCAAAACCCUGCUUCAUGCAGAAGACGAUCCAGGACGUUGGGAUCGGGACAUUCCGGAACAUUGCCACGGUCCAGCAGACGGCCUCAGUCUACGAUGCCCUAUCUCUGUUUGUAGAGAGGAGGGUCUCCGCACUGCCCGUAGUAAACGAGCAAGAAUUUGGCCGCCCAGAAGACAUACAACAACCUGAACAUGUACCAUGAGGAGGCCAUCCGACGGCGCUGCUGUUUCGUCGAGGGCGUGGUCAAGUGCCUCCCUGACGAGACCCCUGGAGACCGUCAUCGAUCGCAUCAUUAAGGCUGAGGUCCAUCGGCUGGUCCUGGUGGACAAAGAGGACGUGUGCAGGGGUAUCAUCUCUCUCUCCAACCUCUAGCCCCACCUCCCCGGCCCAGAGAUUUCAAGCAAAUCAAACUGAGAUCACUAGAGAACAAUGUGAAGUGGAUGAAAAGGGAGACCGUUUUCAAAAUGUCAUCGUACUGCUGUGGAGAGAAACAUAAUCCGCAACAAUCAACUGUAUCAGUUGAGUUCAAUAAAACACAAUAGUCCUUAGUUGCAUUUUAUCAAAUUGAUGAUGUAAGUUUGUGUUACUUUGUGUUGCGCUGAAUUUGUGCUUUAUUAAACAUGUUCUAAUCCA